AUGCUCGGCCGCAACAAGGAGAACGCUGCGUUUAACCUUGAUGUUCUAGCUGGAAUGCAGGGAUUGCUAUCGGAUCUCAAGCCGCAUUUGGAAUCAUCUCAUAAGAAAAUAUUUUCAGAGCUGAUUGACGAACUGAAGCCAUCGCUUGGCUGGAAAUCCGGCUCUUCAUCGCCGUUGAUCGUGUUGCUGCAAUUGUUCUUUUAUUUCUCGUCUCAGCAAGAUCGGGCAUACCUUAUGAGAAUCUUCAUCGAUCGUCUUUCAGGAAAUAGCCCUUCACGGUUUGGAGAUAUUUCUAGAAGCUCUAGCAGUCUGAUUAGCCAAUUCGAGUCUCUAAUCAACCAUUCCACCGCCUUAAAUGGCGAGGCUUGUCAGCUGUUUUUGGCGUACAUUUUCAACACCCUAAAGUGGCUUGAAAUGACCCCUCGCAGCGAUGUGACGCGAGCUGCUCACCUUCACCAUGAAUUGGAGCUAUUUUUCUGCGAAGGACACGAAAAUACCGCGUUCAAUGGUGCAGUCUCUGCGGAUCCACGGCUGUGCCCUUCCCCUGCAGCUGGCUUGUCAGCCUCGCCAUGUUCAAUGCUGCACAUCAACAUGAGGAUGAUUUCGGAUUUUUUUAAAGCAACAAAGCCAAAGGAUCCUGUUUUGGACAAUCUAUUGGGCCUGAAAUGCUGGGAGCUUGCCUCCUUUUCGCUUGUAAAGCUGUAUCCGUUCAACGCAUCUACUGCUGCAAUUGGAACCGAGCUAAUCUGCUAUUUGGACCUUGAUUUGAUGCUUUUUCCUAAAUUUGAUUCUCUGCCUCUUGAGGUCAAGGUGCAACUGAUUGAAUUGGUUGCUUUUGUUCGCAAUGACACCUUAAAAGACACUUUGGUGGCAAAUUGCAUAUUGCCGUAUUUUUCGAAUAGCUAUACGCCGCCUGUCGUUAACACGGCACAAGAUGUUGAUUUUUGUUUUAUUUUGGUCUCAAAGAUCUUUAAGAUCGUCACCACCAAGACGAUGAGAAAGUUUUUGGCAUCUUUUAUACAAAACGCUACCAAUGAUAAGUACUCCAUCUUCUCUAUUUUAACCUUAGACCAGAAAAUGCGGUUGGAGCAGGCUCUCUUUAUUGGCUCCAAGAGAGUCUUCUCAGAAACGCCUGAUCUUUUGGCGCAGUUUCUAAACCUAUAUGCAACCCUUAGAAAACGGUACAUUGAAAAUGCACAUUCUGCCCCAUCAUAUGCGUGCUCCGUUGACGUUGUCAGGCCAAUAUACAAAUGGAAUUCACAUGUCUUGAUACCAAUAUAUGGCGUAUUUGGAUACAAUUCAAUGACAGCGUUUUUGGAGCAAAUCGAGCCAUCCUUGUUUUUGAAGGACCCAAGGAUACUUGUACAAGCUUUGAGCCUAUUUUUCUCCUUUUCCACGUCAAGACUCACCGAGGGCUGUAGGCUGCUGAUCGACAAGCUGCGAUGCAUACCAAAAGAGGAUAUGCAAAUCUCAUAUCGCAAAGACAGCCAAAACAUUUCCAGCCAACAUGCAUUUUCAGCCAUCAAUGACAUUUGCCGGGCUGAAAUCACUUCGAGCCUGUGUGCCACGAUUCAGUUGAAGAACAUUUUCCCUGAUGUCCUUUUCAGGGAAAACUUAUCACUGGCAUCGAUUUGCUCCUUUUUUACAGACCAUGGCGCGUUUAUUUUGCUUGUCGAGCUUGCGGAAAAACACCCCCUGAAGACGGUAUCUGUUGGCACGCUGUAUCGGGCCAUGAUGUCCCAUUUUUACAAGCAGAGACACCUGUUUUCGUAUUGUGCUCUGCUGAAAAGGAUUCUUGAAACGCAGCCGAUUGAGAUUUUUAUUUCAAGCCACGAAUCGCACUCUUGCAGUGUAAAACGCUCGUUCUAUCGAAAUGUGAUGGCCCUCAUUGUGAUGAACGAUGCUCUUCUGCUGCUGAUUUAUUUAAAGAGGCUAUCGGUGUGUACGAUAUUGCUGAAGCGGCUAAAUGGGCCUCUUGUGUCCUUCAUCAACGACUCCAUUUCGGCACUCAAUGCCGGCUAUUCGGAAGAGUCUGUCAACAUCCCAUACUAUUUGAGCGUGCAGUUUUGCAGGGAAAAUAUGCUUUCCAGGAAAUUGAGGUCCAUGGGCGUGGAAAAGUUUUUCUCCAGCCAGCCUGCUAAUGUAUCGCUUUACGAUCUCUCUUCCAGGCUGGAUGAAAUCAAAACGUGCGGGUUUCUUGACACCAGCGAAAAGGAAAUCUUGCUUGACACGCUGCAGGCAAAGCCCUACCUGGUCAACAUGCUGAAUGCCCUCAAGAUGCUGAAGGAAAAUAAAACAUUUGUGCUGUAA